CCUUGUUAAAGUUCUCAACCAACCAGCAUUGAGCAGCAACAGCAGCAGCACCAGGAGCAGCACUUUGCCUGCAGGACCUGAUGCUCAUCCAUAUUAAAGUGGCUGAGCUCAGGAAUCCGGCCAGAUCAUCUCCUCCGAGGGAGUAAAGUUUAUUUAUAACCCGUGGAUGGUGCUCCGCUCCCACUGACACCAGGACUCACACCGGGACUCACACCAGGACUCUGAUCAACUCCAACCCCCAUCAUCAUCAACGAGCAGCAAACUUUCCUCCCCGACUUGUCAUCCGUGCCGAUCUCCCAUUGCCGAGCGCUGUAGAUGGCAGGCAGCCUGUGACAUGAGGACCUUCCUCGGAGGAAAUCCAAAGUGAACCCUGUUGUGACUGGGACAGAAAGCUGGCACUCCGAGAUGGAAAACCAGACUGCAGUGUAUUGGUGCCCAGCUGGAGGAGGAAUUGAAGGGAUGCUGCCAGCUAGCUUUUCGACCGGGCCCUGCCAGUUCCAGCCUUUCCAGCAGCCAGGGAGCAGCCUGGUAGUUGAAGUGUUGGAGAGAGCUGCUGCUGACUCAAGAUACAGUGUCUCUGCCACCAUCAUGACAGAUAGCAGUGUUAGACAAGACAUUCAAACCAUGACUGAACUCACAGCUAAUGAGAAAGGAGCCUCUGUAAAAGAUCCCGUGAAACCAAGCGGCCUUCUCAAUGGAUCAGAGGUAAACGACCUGUCAUCUGUAAACGCCAUGAUGUCAGCAGUGAUGAGCACAGCACAUGUUGUGGAAAAUGGGGCAAAUCUUCAGAACACUAAAUCGCUGGGAAAAUGCCCACCUCCAAACCGAAUUGGCAGAAGAAAUCAGGAAUCUAAGGAGGAGAAGUCUUCCUUCAUAUGCCCACUGUGUGAAAAAAACUGUAAUUCCCAACACCAACUUACUAUGCACAUUCGUCAGCACAACACUGACACUGGAGGCACAGACCACAGCUGUAGUAUAUGUGGGAAGGCGCUAAGCUCUGCAAGCUCUCUUGACCGCCACAUGCUUGUCCACUCUGGAGAGAGGCCUUACAGAUGCUCGAUGUGUGGGCAGUCCUUCACUACUAAUGGGAACAUGCACAGACACAUGAAGAUUCAUGAAAAAGACCCAAAUGCUGCAGUAACUACAAGCCCACAAUCCCCUCAAAAAAGGAGGCGAAUGACAUCCAAAAGAAAAUCAAAUCCUGAGGAGGAAAUUGAGAAGGAGGACACGCCUCCAGCAAAAAAGGUGGUUGAAGAAGUUCAGCAAAUUGAACCACCGAAAAAGGCAGAAGAUCUCAUUCCCUGCCCAAUAUGCAGUAAAGAAUUUCCAUGCAAAUCCUCUCUGGACACUCACAUGGAGAUACAUCCAGAAGCUUCUUUAAAGUGUGACAUUUGUUGCGUUUCAUUUCGCACCCAUCGAGGUCUACUGCGCCACAAUGCUGCAAUCCACAAGCUACUCCCCAGAGAUCCUACAGGGAAGCCUUUUAUUCAAAACAACCCUUCCAUCCCUGCAGGCUUUAACGAUUUGGGCUUUACGGACUUCUCUUGCAAUAAGUUCCCUAUCAUUUCUCAGGUAUGGUGUGAAACCAACUUGCGUAGAUGCAUCAGUGAAUUGCACAGUUUUAUCUGUGACUCCUGCAACAAGGCAUUUCCAAUGCCAUCUGCUCUCAAACUGCACAUGGAAAGCCACAAAGAUGAUCGGGUAGCUAAUGAGCACAAAACUGAAGACUCAUUAGAGGAUAGUGAAGACAAGAAAUCUUUCAUGGAAGCCCUUGGUCUGCAGCACACCAAAGACACGAAGCCAGACAGUGUGGAGGACAAGUCACUGGAAAGUGCCCAUGGCACGCAUAUAGAAGCUAUGAAGAGCAGCCUACCUCGUGAGCUCGGUAGCAGCACAACCGUGCUAAAGUUGUCCCCCAUAGAAGCAUCCUCUGUGGGUGGACGUUUUGCAGUACUGCCACCAACAAGAGAGAACUUAAAAUUGCUUUCUCUGCAGCCUUUUCAAAAGGGCUUUACUGUACAGCCUGACAACAGUAUUGUAGUAAAACCAAUCUCUGGAGAACUAGCUGAUAUUCAGCAAAUAUUAAAGAUGGCUUCUUCUGCAUCUUCUCAGAUCAGUCUUCCACCUUUGUCUAAAACUUCUCCUGCUGCUUUCAAAUAUAUGCCACCUCUUAAGCCAAAGCCACCGAUGACCCCUCGUACGGUUGUUGCUGCCUCAACACCACCAUCUGUAGUUGCAAACCAGCAGACCUCUCCAGGCUGUAUCAGCCCAAGCCUUCCUCCUCCACCGAUAAGAUUUAUAAAAAAUAGUGUGGAAUCUUCCACAGGCGCUGUAUAUUUGCAAUCCAGAUCCGGAGUGACUUACAGUUCCUCUGCUCAGAAUUCCCAAGUACCCACCUCCGAAUUGAUGAGUCAGCAAGACCUGAAGACUCAGCUAGAACAGGACAGUAUUAUAGAAGCCUUUUUUCCUUUGGAUUUGGAGGCAAAGAUCAAACAAGAAGGAGUUGAAGGAGAUCUGAAAUUAAAUAUUCCUGGAUCAAAUGGCAAGAAACCAACCCAAGCUAGAAAAGUAUUGUAUCCUUGCAGUUUCUGUGAUCAGGUAUUUUCAUUCUCCGGUGUAUUGAGGGCUCAUAUACGUACUCACUUAGGGAUAUCGCCUUAUCAGUGUAAUAUAUGUGAUUAUAUUGCAGCUGACAAAGCAGCACUGAUACGACAUCUUCGAACACACAGUGGUGAGAGGCCGUACGUAUGUAAAAUCUGUCAGUACCCUUUUACUGUUAAAGCAAACUGCGAGCGACACCUGCGCAAAAAGCAUCUAAAAGUCACCAGAAAAGAUAUAGAAAAAAACAUUGACUAUGUAUCUACAAACAAAUCUGAAAUGGUUGAUGCUGUCUGUUCUCCAGACACUGUUUGCAAAUGCUGUGGAGAGGACUUAAAAAGCUACCGUGCCCUUCAUAUACAUAUGAGGAGUCACACCAACUUUCAGAAAAAGAAACCGUUUCAGUGCAAAGAGUGCGGCACUGCCUUUUCUGCCAAAAGAAACUGCAUUCACCACAUUCUUAAACAGCACCAGCAUGUACAAGAGGAAGAAAUAGAGAACCAUGUUUUAUUAUGUGCAGCCUGUAGUCCAGAGCAAACUAGAUCAGACACUCCACUUUUGGAGGAAAGCACUUACCUUGAUCGGAAAGCAACCACAUCUUAUGUAGAAUCGCAGAAUGGAUUUCUUCACGGAGGGGUAUCUACUUUUAAACUUGAACCUACUGCCAGUUUUCCCAUGGAGCUUGAUGAGCCCUUGGACUUUUCUCAAAAGAACAAGAACCCUACUGGGUUACAACAAGUGAAGGAGGAGCACAUCUACAACUUGUCUCUUGCCUCUUAUGAUUCCUCUAUGGAACCCAUUGACCUGUCCAUGCCUAAAUAUUCAAAAAAGGACAAAGAUAACUCACAAGUGCAAGAAAAGACACAAGAGCAAGUAAGUGGCCCCAUUGGCCAACAGUACAAUUGCGAGCCAUGCCCAUUUCCCUUAAGUGCCAAUGAAAUUCUAGAGAAAGCUGCAGCUAUUACACAUUCCAAACCAGUGAAAACCCCUGUGCAUUUGACUGUCCCAGUCAUUUCCCCUGCUGUUCUUGGAAGUGCAACUAUCCUUCGUCCUUUGAGGCCUAAGCCACCUCCUCUCUUGCCAAAGCCAUCAGUUUCUAAAGAACUACCACCCCUGGCUUCCCUUGCACAGAUAAUUUCUUCUGUAUCAUCUGCUUCUACUUUACUGAAAACAGAUUUAACACCCACUUCUCAAAUCGCUGCCAACAACCUAUCAGCCACUGACAAAUCUGUGGCUUCCAAUGCGACAAUCCAUCAGAAAGAACCCGUGGUUUCCAGCGAUGCUUCUCAAAGUAGUAUAAAUUCUGUAAGCCCAGCUGAUGUUCGUACAGCUGCUGCUUUAGUCAUAGGAGCAAAGAAAAGGGGCAGAAAGAAAGGAACAAAAAAUAAACCUAAAGUGACUGCUGGUGUCGACCUGGAAUCAAGUGGUGAGUUUGCAAGUGUUGAGAAAAUGUUGGCCACAACUGACACUAACAAAUUCAGCCCUUAUCUGCAAUCCACUGAUCAUAUUAAAGAUGCUAUGGACAAAAAUGGCACCAGUGAGGAUGAGAGAGAUAGUGGUGAAGAAAAAAGAGGAAAGAGAAACUCUUAUUCAAACUCCUUACAAAAAAUAACUUGCCCUUACUGUCCUCGCGUUUUCCCCUGGGCCAGCUCCCUCCAGAGACAUAUGCUCACCCACACAGGUCAGAAACCCUACCCCUGUGCACAAUGCGAUGCCUUCUUUUCUACCAAAUCUAAUUGUGAGCGCCAUCUCUUACGCAAACAUGGAGUUGCCAACCUCUCCUUGCGAAGAAACGGUCUUGUGGGCCAUUCUAAAGAAAGUGAUGCUGGAUCACACGAUAGCACAGAUAGUCAGUCUGAUGCAGAGUUAUCAGCAGCUGAAGCUGAUGUGCUAGAUCUGACAUCAGGGGACAGGGAAAAAGCGGAGCAAACUGAAGUUACAGAAAGCGAGCAGGUGUCCACGAACAAGCAGACUGAAAAACUAACACUAGAUCAGGAGGCCAACCAGGAUGAAGAUGAACAGAUAGAGGAUGACGCUGUGAGCAACAAAAGCCUAGAUCUCAAUUUUGCAAGUAAGCUGAUGGACUUCAAACUGUCACCCAAUGGGCAGGCUACGAGCAACUCUUGUGAUAUUUGUGGGAAGAGCUUCAAGUUUCCGGCUACCUUAGGAAGACACAAGAAGGCACAUUCAUGUGAAAGCAGCGAUCAAGAGAAAAGCAGUGACCAUGCAUGCAAGGAUCUGUCAACUCACUCCUGUAACCCAGCUAAUCAUGAUCUCUCAACGGAGUCUGGAGACCAGGAAGAGGAGCUCCCGGUUGACUUAAAGGUGUCCAGAUCUCCUGUGGAGAGUGAGCAAGCUGAACAUAUAGCAGAUGGUGACGAAGUCUUCGAUGAGAAAGUAGAUAAGCAUUUGGACAAAAGUGAUGAUGAUAAAGAUUCCAAGACUGAGGGUAAAGGGACAAAAGCGGACAAAAGAAAGAAGAUAUGCACUGUCUGUAGUAAGCGUUUUUGGUCCCUUCAGGAUCUCACAAGACACAUGAGAUCACACACAGGUGAGCGGCCUUACAAAUGCCAGACUUGUGAACGCACUUUUACUCUAAAGCACAGUCUGGUACGCCACCAGCGGAUCCAUCAAAAAGUAAAGGAUAUGAAGAGCCAGUGCAAGGACACUGAUAAAGAGGAGAAGCGGCUUAGGGGUGAGGAGGAAAGUGAAACGGAGUCCCUACAGAGCAGCACAAAUCAUGCAUCAGAAAAUGAAUGCGACAUCAAGUCUUAACGGCCACGCUGUAACCAGAAGCAAAAAAGUGCUGCUGAGGAAUCAUCUCAAAAAAAUGAAACUGCUGCUGGAAAUAAGAGCUCAAAGCAAGCAGUAGGGGUGGAUGUUAAAGACACAGACAUUUAAAGAAACUCCGAUCGUAAAUCUGUACAAAGCUCCAACAAAAAACCUGCAUACAUCUGUUAUCAGAGGGGUCCUUACCUGUUGUGGGGAUGAAAUGAGCCAGAGAUGUGGAGGGGUUGUCACCCUUCUGAAUUGCUAUGACAGAAUCAUACUUACACUUGAUCCACUUUAAGGAUGUUUUGACAGAUAUAUGGGAUUAUGGCAGGCCAUAUCAAGUGCCAUAACCUUAAAGUAAAAUGCAAACUUUACAUGGAUUUUGAGUGCCUUACUACUUUAUUAUAUUUUGCUACCACACUUUUUCAAUAUACAGUUUUAUAUGUAUAAGAAAUUUAAAUAAUUAUUCAAAAAAAAAAAAAGGACAUUUUUCAUUAAAGCAUUAUUUUUCUUUUUACGUUUUUGAAAUCUCGUUUCCGUACACCAAUCACUGUCUUUCCAGAGGUGGACAUUUAAAGUCAUGGAGAAAGCCAUUCAGAACUAAAGCCAAUAACUGGAAAAAAAUUAAUAUAAAUGAAACCAACAGAGACGGUUACAUGUAAGACCUCAUUCAUAUUCAUUCUAUGAGUCUUGGUUUUUGCUAAGUGGACAAUAGUGGAAUGACAUUCAUCUGCGAUGUGCUGAAUGAGAAUCUUUACAAAAAUCAAUGGUAGUUGCUACAACCAGGAAACAAAAAGAUUUAUAUCUUUGAACUGUACAACUUGAUCUACACACAACGUGUCUGAAUGGUGUUACUAUUUAGUAGUUCUACCUCCGACAUACAUACAGAGGAUUCAGUGGAAACUUUACCAUCCAUGGAACUGUCCACCCCUGCCUAUGUCUUGAUUCUGUUUGCUUGAAUUCAACAGCUUACUAGUCUCUGCAUUUUGCAGAACCGUUUGGGCAAUAUUUGCCUUUCAAAGUUUACCAGGUAACUUUUGAAUCCUGGUAAUAAUAAAUAUGUAUAAAUAGAAAAUUCUUGACUUUUUUUUUUUUUUUUGUUCUUUAAAUGUUAGCCUUUGGCAGUUCUCUUGCAUUGCACCAUUCCAACCCUGUUCUCAAUUAAAAGAGAGGCUGUGCGCAUUAGAGCAAGCGCAGACCUUGAUGUGUCCCGUCAUGGAGGUGGAGGGGGGCAGAGGUGGACUGUCAAACCAAGCAAAGAGUUCUGUCUUCCAGCAUCGGAUGCCUUAACCAUCAUGUCAUGACCUUCGUGUUUCUUAUGCAGGAAUGUACUACUGGUGAAAAGGAGAAGCUACAUUACAGUUUUGUGCUAUGGCGCUUGAAGAUGAGCCCUGUUUAAAAAAAAAA